AUGGACGUUCUGGUGAUGGCUUCCCAUGGAAUGCUGAUGCGAGUGGAAAAGUGCGACGAUGGGAAGAUACUUUGCGCCAAAAUUCAAGCAAAUAAGAUUUCCAAGAAGCAGUACCCAGGAGAUUUCAAUAAAAAGCGAUAUCCACAACUUACAAUGGAUGUGGAAGGAAUUCCCAGCCAAGCUCAACAAAUUUUUCUGUUCAAUCUUGGCUUCGUGAAGUUGCAGAAGGAAAUAAGAGCUUUAGAGUUCAUGAAGGAGAAGAAAAUCGAAAACAGAUUUCUACCUAAGCUUUACGGCAAAGGAAAGACAGCCGAUCUUACGUUCUACAUCACCGAUCACGUAGGACAGACCUUGCAGAGCCAGUUACACAGAUAUAAAAUCAGCAUUACAUCAGCUUUCCGCAUCUGCCGUUACAUAAUAGAAGCUAUGAAGAGCAUUCACGGAAUCGGUCUCGUGCAUGGCAAUAUACGGCCAUCAGCUAUUCUCGUCGGUGGCCCUCAUGAAAGAGAUAUUGUCCGCUUGUUUGGCUUUCAGUUCAGUACGCAACAUCCGAAGAAAUCUAACGAUAGAGAGCAGAUCGGCUAUCCAUUAGACAUUUAUACACCAAGAGCUGUGCACAAGGGCGAACGAGCAAAGCCAAAACACGAUUUUGAGAUGUAUCUAUAUCUGGAGAAAACUCCAAAGGGCUAUGAAUCAAAAAGCGAUCAUGAAACAGCCGACCUUUGCACAGAUGGAGCUGCCGGUCUAUAG